AUGAUUGCACAUACCCAAGAUGUUCAGACUUCUCUACCCCACCUAUUGGACCCUUUCAGUCUGGUCCCAUACGCAGAUGAUCUCUGGCAUGUAGCAAAGUCUCGCAAGUGCUUUCAGGAUGAUGAAUCGAAAGUCCAGGUCGACUGGACUGAUAGCGAUGCAGAACACCAGGCAGUAACAAGAAGAACAUUCACAUCAUUGGCUGAGCUACAAGCACACAGAAAGAAGGCCUCUACGGCGCCAAAUGGAUUGUGUUUUAUAUCUAUCAAUCAAGGGAACUCAUGGCGACCCUUAAACGUCACCAAGGAGAUGUUCGAGGACAUUGGAAACUUGACUAGCUCUUCGCAUGUACUGCACAAUCUCUCGUUGUCUUUCCACGACAAGUUUAUGGCUACGGAAGCGGCUUUUAGCAGCGCACCCGCAUUUAUUCGGAAUGAGCAAAGUAUAGAGAUCGCGUAUAUAUUCAAGUACCCCUUUAAAAAAGCCAACAACGACAGACCGGACUCAUGGACAGUGCGACAAACAGGUGUCUAUCAGAAGUUUGAUACAGCGACGAAGCAUUCCACAUGGAUAUUUUUAAACCCGACUAAAGACUGCCUGUUUCAGCAACGGCUGAUGGAGAUACUUAUGUGUCCUCUCCAGUGUGCUCAGUUAACACAACACCCACUGCUAAUCCAUAAUCUCCUCUUCGCUACGUUCUUCCCCAACUGGAGGGAAUAUCUAGGUUCGCAAGAGGAUAGGGCUUUGACGAUUUACAACACAACCGUGACACAACACAUCCAAGAACCACUCAGGGUCAAUCAUAACAUGUGGGCCUCUAUUCGCGCCAUAGAAUCUCGGUGCCUGCCUCUGCAAGCUGUCUUUCGCUCCUUUGACAAAACAGUACAGACCUUGCAUAAGGCAAAUAAUGCAUUAAGGGAUUGCGGUACCUUGCAUCAUCUAUCAUGGCACAAAAUGGAUCAGUUACUAGAUAACUAUGAAAGCCAUGCGGAUGCCUACCUACAGGCUGCAUCAUUUCUUCAAAGUUGGACUACCACCACGGCCCAGUUAAUCGCAGACAACCUUUCAUUCAACAAUUCCUAUACGGCACAGCAGCAAUCGGACUAUAUGUUGAGCCUCACUUCAUCCACCGUUGACGACUCGUCGACAGUCCGAGUUAUCACUGUUGUAACUCUCAUUUAUCUACCGUCCACUUUUAUGGCAACCCUCCUCGGAAUGAACUCAUUCUUUGAGAUGGAUUCUCAAACCCAUAAGCUCAUUGUGUCUCCACAGUUUUGGAUAUUCGUAGUGUGCGCCGUGCCCCUGACGGCUGUGACAGUGCUAUACUGGUGGAUUCGGAGCCAACGUCAGCAGAAGCAUGCGAACAGCAAGGCUGGGUCGCCGGCUUGA